AUGUGGAAGAAAGUUCUAGUUAGUUUCUUAGCUAUUUCUACUGUUACAGGUUUUAAUUUGGAUGAUUUUGAUGAUAAUAAAGAUGGAAAAAUUCAAUAUCAUGAAUUUUUAAAACUUUCUGAAUCCGAAAAUGGUCAACAAAUUAAAGCUAAUGUUAAUAAAUAUUUUAAUAAUUAUGAUAUUAACAAAGAUGGUACAUUGUCAGUUGAUGAACUUGUCUACCUAACAUCAUCACUACCACAAAAACAUGAAAAUCACAUUCAAAAAUUUUUUAAUAUGUUAGACACAAAUCAAGAUGGUUUUAUUACUAUGGAUGAGGCAAAAAAUAGUAAAGAACAAAUUGCUAGUGAAAUUAUUAAUGGUUUAUUUCAAUUUGCUGAUAUUAAUAAUGAUAAAAUGAUUAGUCUUAGAGAAUUUAGUGCUGUUAUGGAACCAACAGAAAUACCAACAAAUAAUGAUUUUUUAAAAAUUCAACAAGCCAGAAGAUUAAUGGCUUUGAUUGAUCAAAAUAGUGAUAGAAAAUUGACUGUUGAAGAGGUACAUAAAUAUGCAAAUCAAAAUGGAGAAGUUAAAAUUAAUGAAAUUGAAGAUGUUUUCUCAAAACUUGAUACUAAUAAAGAUGGGUGGCUUGUAAUAAAUGAGCUUAAAAAUAUUGAAAAUCAUAUUUCUAUCAUUAACAAACGUAUUAAUAGAGUAUAA